CUUUGACGCCGGAAGUCUGGGCGCGCUUCGCGGCAGAGCCGUAAAGGCGCGCGGGAGCGGAGCAUGGCUGUGUACGGGGUGGCGGCGGCCGUGCUGGCCAGCGUGGAGAGCCGCCAGGGCUCCAUCAGAGGGCUGGUGUACGCCAGCGGCUUCCAGAACGUGAAGCAGCUGUACGCCCUGGUGUGCGAGACGCGGCGCUACUCCGCCGUGCUGGACGCCGUGAUCGCCAACGCCGGCCUCCUCCAAGCCGAGAAGAAGCUGCGGCCGCACCUGGCCAAGGUGUUAGUGUAUGACCUACUGUUGGGAGGAGGCUUCAGAGGGGGCAGGGGCCGAUGGAAGCGUCUGCUGCACCGGCACGAGGCAAGGCUGAAGGCCGAGUUGGCUCGGCUCAAGGUUCAUCGAGGUGUGAGCCGGAAUGAGGACCUGUUGGAAGUGGGAUGCAGGCCUGGCCCAGCCGUGCAGGUGCCUCGAUUUGUGCGGGUGAACACUCUCAAGACCUGCUCGGAUGAUGCAAUUGAUUAUUUCAAGAGACAAGGCUUCUCCUACCAGGGCCAGGCUUCCAGCCUCGAGGACCUAAGGGCCCUCAAAGGGAAGUGUUUUCUUCUGGAUCUCUUGUUGCCAGAGCUGCUUGUGUUUCCUGCCCAAACAGAUCUGCAUGAACAUCCAUUAUACCAAGCUGGUCACCUCAUCCUACAAGACAAGGCCAGCUGUCUCCCAGCUAUGCUGCUGGCUCCACCACCGGGUUCGCAUGUCAUCGAUGCAUGUGCUGCUCCAGGCAAUAAGACCAGUCAUUUGGCUGCUCUUUUGAAGAACCAAGGAAAAAUCUUUGCCUUUGACCUGGAUGCCAAACGCCUAGCAUCCAUGGCUACUCUGCUGGCCCGGGCUGGAGUCUCUUGCUGUGAGCUGGCCAAGGAGGACUUCCUGGCAGUCUCGCCCUCAGACCAGCGUUAUCGUCAGGUCCAGUACAUCUUGCUGGAUCCUUCUUGUAGUGGCUCUGGUAUGUUGACCAGACAGCUGGAGGAGCCCGGGGCAGGCGCACCUAGCAAGGAGCGCUUGCAUGCCCUGGCGGGGUUCCAGCAGCGUGCUCUCUGCCACGCACUCACCUUCCCCUCCCUGCAGCGCCUCGUCUACUCCACAUGUUCCCUCUGCCAAGAGGAGAAUGAAGAUGUGGUACGCGAUGCCCUGCAGCAGAGCCCAGGAGCCUUCAGGCUGGCUCCUGUGCUGCCCUCCUGGCCCCACCGAGGUCUCUGCACUUUUCCGGGUGCCGAGCACUGCCUCCGGGCCUCCCCCGAGACCACGCUCACUGGUGGCUUCUUCAUUGCUGUGCUUGAACGGGUAGAGGUGCCAGGCUCUGUCUCACAGGCCGAAGCAUCAGCACCGGAACUUGUACCCAGCUCCGCCCCAAAGAGAAAGAAGAGGCGGCGAAAAGCAGCGGCGGCUCCUAGCACGUUGCCUUGCACAUAGCAGGAAGGAAACUGGUAACCCUGUUUCUCCAGCUGGAAAGACAGAGUGGAUUUCCUCGUCCUUUGGGUCCCCUCCCUGGGCUGUGUUCUUGCUGGCGAGAGAAGUGCUGCCCACAAAAUAAAAAGCAGGACAUGGUCUAUGAUA